UUUCAUUCUCGACAGCUGAGCUGAAGUCUGCGCCCAUGUGGCGCUUGAAGAAAGGACGGGCAAGGCGCUUGAAGCCCCUCAGCGUCCAAAGAAUGCAUCAACUUAGAGAGAUCAUUCAUUUGUGAGUGCCUCUGCCAGGCUGUAAGGUGAUGCUCGUGUCCAAUAAGCGCAGGAAUGGCAGCGGCUCCAGUAGACAAAGACGCCGUGUGUCAUCAGGUCGUGAAGUUUCUACUCCAGGAAAACUAUGUCCUCACAGCCUUUGAGCUGCUCCAAGAGCUGCUGGAAGAUGGACAGGUCGGCGCGCCUGCAGAGUUGCUGCAGCAGUACUUUGCUGACGAGGCAAAGUUCUCGGCGGCGGAGAUGCUGCGGCUGCAAACCCUGGAAAGUCUUGAUCUCCAGAAAUUGUCAGACGCAAAGGAAGCGGCGGACGAGGCUGCAGCCGUCAGCCAAUACGAGCUGCGUAUUGCGAAAGAGGACAUCAAGAGCUUGCAAGAAAGUUUAGAGAGGCAGAAAGAAGAGGCCAUCUCCGCACCACAGCAGGGCUUUCUCACCCCUGGCACCCCCCAAAAGCCGCAAGGCCACCGCAAGACUCUCUCAACAUCACUAGAGAACCUGAGCGGGGCAGAGAAGCGGGACCUCAAUGCAGCUGUGCAGGAGUACCUCAAGUCUCGCAGCUACAAGCUGACCGCCAUGACCUUCUGUGAUGAGGUAUCGGACCAGGACUUGGAUGAUUGGCCUGCCGGGCCUGGCCAUGUACCGGACGCCCUGCGCAGCUACUACGCCCAUUUUAUAGCGACUGGGACAGAGGACGUUGAGGGGUUGAAGGCUGAGAACGAGCGGUUGGCCUCGGCAGCCGAGGAAGCGCGCAAGAGCUCGGAGGAACAAGCGCAGCAACUACUUCGGGUAAAGGAGGCUGCUGAUGGGGCGCAGAAGGAGCUGUCCGAGCUCAGAGCGCAGUUGGCCUCAGCCAAGCAAGAUCUGGAGAAGGAGCGGUUACGAGUCAGGGCGGCAGAACAACGAGCGGCUGGGGCGGAAGCACGGGCAACCAAAGCGACGGGGGCGGAAGCGGAUAAGGUCAGAGAACCGAACGGCGCUCUGUCUAAUGGGGAGUCGGAACAGGGCUCCUUGCGAGCUGAAGACGGAAGAGAAGGCGGUUCGACGGCAGCGGAGCGAGGGGGAAGCGAAGUAGCUAGUUUAGACGGCGCCGAAGCGGGGCGCAGUCUUGAAAACGGGUUUGCCAAACCGAGCGCGCCGGAACCCGAUCUGGACACUGUAAGGACGGUCGCCGAGUCGCUGCCCCGGAUUGUGCCUAAUGUGUUGAUCAACAAGCGGGAGGAGCUGCUGCCGCUGUUCAUCGUCGCGAUCGAGAAGUCGCCCGACGGCGAGACGCGCGCGAAUCUCACGAACAGCCUCUUCAACCUGAUAAAGAAACCGGACGACGCGCAGCGGAAGAUGAUCAUGGACGCGUGCGUGGAGCUGGCUCAGAAGAUCGGAGAGGCGAGAACGGAAGAGGAGUUGCUGCCGUGCUGCUGGGAGCAAAUUAGUCACAAGACCCCCGAGCGGCGGCUCUUGGUUGCCAGCUCGUGCGGACAGCUGGCGCGGUACGUGCGUCCGGAGAUGCGGACGUCGCUCAUCCUGAGCAUUGUGCAGCAGCUUGUGGAGGACAGCGCGGCGGCGGUGCGGGGCGCCGUUGUGCAGAACCUUGCGCGGUUGUUGCCGCUCUUCCCCGACUAUGAAAAGUAUGCCAAGGUGGAAGAGCUGACGUUGCGGCUCAUUUUGGACCCCGAAGCUGAGGUCGUCGAGAGUGCGUUCACCGGGCUGCUGCCGGGCUUCCUGGCGUGGGCCAAGGCCGGGGACAAGCUUAUGGCCAAGCUGCUGCCCAGCGUACUGGCGAGAGCGCUCACCACUGUGCAGCGGUGCACUCCCGCUAGUGGCGUGGCUGACGCCGCGGAGGCACAGCUGCGCGUGUUGGGCGAGCGCGAGCGGUGGAACCUGGACGCGCUUCUGCGGCUGCUGCAAUCGCACCUGCUGCCCGAGGCGCGGGCGGCCGUCGUGCGGGGGUGCCCCUUCCCCUGCAGCAAAGCGCUCGCGGAGGACGGUGCAGAAGCGGACGGCGCCGAGCCGGAGCACGUCUUCUCGGACGUCCGGCUGCUGGAGUACGCCAAGUCGAGCCAGUCGUGGCCCACUUUCGACUGGCUGGUGAACGAGUGCCUGGCGGGGCUGCUCCAGCUGGCGUGCAUGAUCCAGCCCCGGGAAGAAGGCCUCCGCAAGGCGCUCAGCAACCUGGUUCUGUCCGUGAGCGAGCUGUUUGGCAAGUUCUUCCUCCAACACGUCAUGCUGCCGAUGUUCCUCACGGCCGCCGGCAACGAGGCCGACCUGUCCGGGCUGCCAGCAUCAGCGCACGACAAAGUACAAGGCCUCAAGCCCGCCACGGCGAGCGGCGAGAAGCUGGCCCGGCUGUGCGUGGUGCCGCUGCUGCUGGCCGGGGUCCUGGGCGCGCCCGCCAUGCGGGAGGGCGCGCUCGCGGAGUAUGUGCGCGAGCUGGUGCUGCAGACCAGCCUCAAGGACGGCGCCUGGAGCACCGGCCACACGCCCGACCUCAUCGACGCCCUGCGCUUCCUCUGCACGUUCGAAGCCCAGCAGUCGGUGGUGCUGGGGGUGCUGUGGGAACUGGUGGUCAACCCCAGUGCGCAAGUCAAAGUCAGCGCCGCCGUUAUUUUCAAAGCCAUGGUACCGUACGUGGACCUCGACAAAGUGACCCGGCAGGUGCUGCCCGCCCUAGUUACUCUGGGUUCCGAUCCCAACGUGGAGGUCAAGCACGCCAGCAUAGACGCGUUUGGGGCGGUCGCCCAAAACUUCAAAGACGACGGGAUCGUGGACAAGAUUCGCGUCCAGAUGGACUCGUUCUUAGACGACGGUUCCCACGAGGCAUCUCUCGCCGUCAUCAAAACCCUCUCGACAGCGGCGCCGCUUAUGGCCACCCCACCGCGAGAGUACCUCGCCGCAAAAGUCCUGUCGCUGGCCAACACUAAUGCGCAAAGCUCCGCCAGCAUCACGCGGCGAGGCGCGAUGGCCGAAGUGCUGUAUGACGCCCUGUGCUCGCUCAAUGGGUGCGAGCUGUCCCCGUCCGUCGUGAAAGACUCGUUCCUGCCGGCCAUCCACGCCCUGCUAAAGGACCCCGAGAUUCUAGAGGGCGCCCAAAAGGAGGGCCUCGAGGGGAUGCUGAAAGAGCGCUCCGGAACCACCAUCCAGACGGCGCUUUCUAUGCUAGGGGGGAUGCACCUGCGGAAAGCGUCCAUGGAGCGCGUUUUUGACAACGUGAUGGGCAAGAAAGAGACGCAGACGGUGCCGAUUACGCCCCCCCCUGCGGCGGCCGUAUCCCCGGCCGCGGAGAAGCCCCCCGCGGAAGAAGGGCGCAUCAAGAAGAUGAUGCGGCUGAAGUACGAGGAGGUGAUGCGGCAAAGAAGCAAGCCAACCGGCGCAGAGUCGCCUGGAGCCAACUCACCAAGCGCACGUUAGGCAGAGUGUAGACAAUCUCCUUGUACUUUAUUGCAUCGGCAAGUCACAAAUAUGUCCAACAGAAAUGUUCAGGCAGACCUUACAAAUGAUCUGCUGUCUUCCUUGCUGAGUGCCAAUGUCACACCGUCUUUGUGCAUACAUACUAACUUCGGAGAGAUGUCUAUGACACGGGUGUAACAACCAUGCACGUAACCCAGCUUGCCCGACAUUCACUGUCAGGAUAGGCAUCCGGCACACGCCCCAACAUGUGCGUAGUAUUGAGGCAAGAACCUGACCUGUAUGUGACGAACAGGAAAGUAACUGCAAAAUGUAAUAUGGUUGAAAGAGUCA